GGAGACGCGCGUCCGAGUCAGUCCGACUCAGUGUGGCGCGCCGCUGCUCCGACGAUGCCCGCACACCACCCCCGUCUCACAGCCUCACGUCACGUCACGCUACUUUGAAGGACUUUUCCCAUCGCGCACUACUGAAGGAAUGCGCUCAUUUCUGCCUGCGCGACCUUGUGAAUGAUUUUUUUAUUUUUAACUUUGCGCGUUUUUUUUCCCCACGUGUGUGUGGUUGCCACCGUGUAUUGUGCUAGGUAUUGAAUGACGGUUAAAACAGGUGGGCGUCAAGCAGCGCACAGGAAGAAGAGGAGGCGAGCAUCGGACAAGGCGACACUUUGCUCGCGGUUGGGGGACGUUUUGGUUGGUGGAUGCGACGUCCUUGCGCCCGGCAUCAGCUCCCACAUUCUGGGCUGAAGGGACAGGAGGAGGCGGCACGGAGAGGGAAUAUUAGAUCACUCGGGAAGGGGAGAAAAAUGUGGAGAGGCUUGUGACUCUUGGACGGACAAGUUAGCCUUCAAACCACCAAAACAAGAAGGUCUUCCUUCCUUCAUCCAUUCACUCUUCAUCCUGUCCUAAAAGGCCCUGUAAACAUGAAGGUUUUGCACAGGACUUCAUUGCCUGAGACUACAAUGACAUUAUCAGCUCCUUUGCUAGCCUUCUGGCUCUUAGCGCUCCUUACUCAGUGCAGCGGGCAGACAUUCACUAGCUUCCACCCGGAGCGGCGGGACUGGUUCUUCAACCACUUGACCGUUCACCGAACCACGGGAUCCGUAUACAUCGGCGCCGUGAACCGUGUGUACAAGCUUUCGAGCAAUCUGACGCUGCUGGUGUCCCAUGACACGGGCCCAGAGGACGACAACAAGGCCUGUUACCCGCCCCUGAUCGUGCAGCCUUGCUCAGAACCUUUGGUCUCAACCAACAAUGUCAACAAGCUUCUCCUUAUUGACUACUCGCAGAAUCGGCUGCUAGCGUGCGGCAGCCUCUACCAAGGCGUCUGCAAACUCCUCCGACUGGAUGACCUUUUUAUCUUAGUGGAGCCCUCUCAUAAGAAAGAGCACUACCUCUCCAGUGUCAAUCAGACUGGGACCAUGUAUGGAGUCAUCGUGCCCUCACAAGGUCAGGACGGCACCCUAUUUAUCGGCACCGCAGUUGAUGGAAAACAGGACUACUUCCCUACCAUAUCCAGCCGAAAACUUCCCCGCGACCCGGAAUCCUCUGCGAUGCUUGACUAUGAACUGCACACUGACUUUGUGUCCUCGUUGAUCAAGAUACCAUCAGACACGCUCGCACUGGUGUCCCAUUUUGACAUCCACUAUGUUUAUGGUUUCGCUAGCGGCAGCUUUGUGUACUUUAUGACCGUUCAGCCUGAGACACCGGAAAACGGCAUGUCGUCAAGCGGCUCCGCCAGCGACCUGUUUUAUACAUCCCGUAUUGUUCGCCUCUGCAAGGACGACCGCAAGUUUCACUCAUAUGUUUCCCUCCCCAUCGGCUGCGUGAAGAACGGCGUCGAGUACCGGCUCCUGCAGGCGGCCUACCUCGGCAAGCCGGGCGGCGUCCUCGCCGCGUCGCUUCACAUCGGCGCUCAAGACGACGUGCUCUUCGCCGUCUUCUCCAAAGGCCAGAAGCAAUUUCACCGUCCGCCCGAUGACUCUGCGCUCUGCGCCUUCACUAUCCGUGACAUCAAUACGCGCAUCAAGGAACGCCUGCAGUCCUGCUACCAAGGCGAGGGCCACCUGGAGCUCAACUGGCUACUUGGGAAGGAUGUGCAGUGCACCAAAGCGCCGGUGCCCAUCGACGACUCUUUCUGCGGUCUUGACAUAAACCAGCCUCUCGGUGGCUCUCAGCUGGUAUCCGGACACACCCUCUACACUGAGACCCGAGACCGCAUGACCUCAGUCAUCUCCUACGUCUACAACGGCUACUGUGUGGCCUUUGUGGGGACAAAGAGCGGCCGCCUGAAGAAGAUUCGCAUUGACGGCCCUCCUCAUGGAGGUGUCCAGUACGAGACGGUGUCCAUCAUGAAAGACGGCAGCACCAUUCUCCGAGACAUGGCGUUCUCCCUUGACCGCGCUUACCUUUUCGUCAUGUCUGAGAGACAAGUGACCCAAGUUCCCAUCGAGUCCUGUGAGCAGUACGGGACAUGUGGCGAGUGCCUCAGCUCCGGGGACCCGCAUUGCGGCUGGUGUGUGCUGCACAACAUAUGCUCCCAGAGGAACCGUUGCAAUCGUGCACAUGAGCCGUACCGUUUUGCCGCCUCUCUGGACCAGUGCGUGAAGAUCACCGUGUACCCCGACAGCAUCGCGGUGUCUGAGCCUAGUGUACCAUUACUGGUGAAGGUCAGCGAUGUUCCAGACCUUUCGGCAGGAAUAACUUGUUCCUUCGGCAAUCUGACGGAGGUGGAUGGGCAAGUGAGUGGCAACCAGAUACUGUGCGUGUCUCCUGCUGCCAAGGACGUCCCUCUCAUCCCGUCCGACCAAGAUUGGUCGGGUGUUGAGCUAAGACUCAAUUCAAAAGAGACGGGUCAGAUGCUCAUUAGCACGGAGGUCAAGUUUUAUAACUGCAGUGUCCAUCAACUGUGUCUGUCAUGUGUGAACAGCGCCUUCCGCUGCCAUUGGUGCAAGUACCGCAACUUGUGCACCCACGACCCGUCCAGCUGUUCCUUCCAGGAGGGAAGGGUCAACGCCUCUGAGGACUGUCCACAGCUGGUGCGCUCCGAGGAGAUUCUGAUCCCGGCGGGGGAGGUGAAGCCCAUCACCCUCAAAGCCAAGAACCUGCCACAGCCGCAGUCUGGCCAGCGGGGCUACGAGUGCGUCCUUCACAUCCAGGGGGUCAGCCACCGCGUCACCGCCCUCCGAUUCAACAGCUCCAGCGUGCAGUGCCAGAACAGCUCGUACUUAUACGAAGGGAUGAAAAUCAGUGAGCUGCCCGUGGAUUUCUCUGUGGUGUGGAACGGCAACUUCAUAAUUGACAACCCAGAGAACAUUCAGGUUCACUUAUACAAGUGCGGCGCCCAGAGGGACAGCUGCGGUGUGUGUCUGAAGGCCAACAGGAAGUUCCAGUGCGGCUGGUGCAGCAGCGAGGGGAAGUGCACCCUGCGUCGACACUGCCCUCCCAUCAACCCCUACACCACACGCUGGCUCAACCUGUCCAGCAAAAACGUCAAGUGCACUAACCCACGCAUCACUGAGGUGACCCCAGUAGCCGGUCCCCCCGAAGGAGGCACGCGGGUGACCAUCCAUGGCACCAACCUGGGUCUGGCCUUCUCAGACGUGGUGGACAACGUGGAGGUGGCGGGAGUAAGGUGUGCUCCUGUGCAGGAUGGCUACAUUAUCGCUGAACAAAUUGUGUGCGAAAUGGAUGCCGCCCCGCCAGACAGUCAACCCGGUCCAGUCCAGCUUUGUGUCGGCGAGUGCAGACCUGAACUCAGAGCUCGAUCUAAUCAAUUCUACUCCUUUGUGACGCCCACAAUCACCGGUUUGUCACCCAGCAGAGGUCCAGAAUCUGGGGGUACCAAAGUCACAAUCAUCGGAGAAAACCUCGGUGCUGGCAGCAAUGUCAGCGUUCAGUUUGGAAAUCAAACGUGCGAGUUCUUCAGUCGAACUAUGACGGCUAUUGUUUGCUGCUCCGCACCGUCUUUGUCUGGGAUCAGCCUGGUCCGGAUCAGCGUGAGCGUGGACCGCUCCCAAAUGAGGGAGCGUCUCACCUUCGAGUAUAUCGAGGAUCCUACUGUGGUGCGCAUUGAACCUGACUGGAGCAUUGCCAGUGGCCACACCCCCUUGAUGGUGACCGGCACCAACCUGGAUGUGGUCCAAGAGCCCAGGAUUCGGAUCAAGUAUGCAGGCAAAGAGUCAGUCAAUGUGUGUAAAGGGUUGAACGCGACCAGCAUGAGCUGCUCAGCUCCUUCCCUGAUGGAAGAUUACCAUCCAGGCUUGGAUACUGUGAAACACGCUGACGAAUUUGGCUUCAUCUUCAACAACGUGCAGGCGCUGCUGGUUUACAACAACACCAACCUCCUCUAUUACCCGAAUCCUUAUUUUGAACCUCUCAGCACCAACGGGGUCCUAGAACAAAAGCCGGGAUCUCCCAUCAUUCUCAAGGGCAGAAACCUGCUUCCUCCAGCCUCUGGAGGAGUGAAGCUUAACUACACAGUGCUGAUUGGAGAGACCCCCUGCUCCGUGACCGUGUCCGAGAGCCAGCUGCUGUGUGAGCCGCCCAACUUCACUGGACAAUACAAAGUCAUGGUUCAAGUCGGCGGCCUCCACGUCUCACCUGGCGCCGUGCACAUCAUGUCCGACAGUCUGCUGACCCUUCCGGCCAUCGUCAGCAUCGCUGCCGGAGGGGGCCUCCUCCUCAUCAUUGUCAUCCUCGUCCUGAUUGCCUACAAGCGAAAGUCGCGUGAAAACGACCUCACGCUCAAACGCCUACAGAUGCAAAUGGACAACCUGGAGUCGCGGGUCGCCCUGGAGUGUAAAGAAGCAUUUGCCGAGCUGCAGACUGACAUCAAUGAGCUCACCAGUGAUCUGGACAGAGCUGGCAUUCCGCAUUUGGACUACAGGACCUACGCCAUGAGGGUGCUCUUUCCCGGUAUUGAGGAUCAUCCUGUCCUCAGAGAGCUGGAGGUGUCAGGAAAUGGCCAGCAGAAUGUGGAGAAGGCCCUGAAGCUCUUUGGUCAACUCAUCAACAACAAAGUCUUCCUUCUCACCUUCAUACGAACUCUGGAGAUGCAGCGCUCCUUCUCAAUGAGGGACCGCGGCAACGUGGCGUCACUCAUCAUGACGGCCUUACAGGGACGCUUGGAGUACGCUACGGAUGUCCUCAAGCACCUUCUUUCCGACCUCAUCGACCGCAACCUGGAGAGCAAGAACCACCCCAAGCUGCUGCUACGCAGAACGGAGUCGGUUGCAGAGAAGAUGCUCACUAACUGGUUCGCCUUCCUUCUGCACAGGUUCUUGAAGGAGUGCGCCGGCGAACCUCUCUUCAUGCUCUUCUGCGCCAUCAAGCAGCAGAUGGAGAAAGGACCCAUAGACGCCAUCACUGGCGAGGCGCGCUACUCUCUGAGUGAGGACAAGCUGAUCCGCCAGCAGAUAGAGUACAAAACACUGAUCCUCAACUGUGUGAACCCGGACAAUGAGAACAGUCCAGAGAUUCCGGUAAAAGUACUGAACUGUGAUACCAUCACCCAAGUAAAAGAGAAGAUCCUGGAUGCCGUCUACAAGAACAUGCCUUACUCUCAGCGGCCGCGAGCAGUCGACAUGGAUCUUGAGUGGCGCCAGGGACGGAUGGCUCGCGUGGUGCUGCAAGACGAAGAUAUCACCACCAAGAUAGAAAGUGACUGGAAGCGACUGAACACGCUCUUGCACUACCAGGUGUCGGACCGUUGUGUGGUGGCUUUGGUGCCGAAACAGACAUCGUCGUACAACAUCCCGCACUCAGCCAGCAUAUCGCGCUCGUCCAUCAGUAGAUACGAUUCUUCAUUCCGUUACACUGGCAGUCCAGACAGCCUCCGGUCUCGCGCUCCCAUGAUCACGCCGGAUCUAGAAAGCGGUGUCAAGGUGUGGCACUUGGUGAAGAACCAUGAGCAUGGAGACCAAAAGGAAGGAGACAGAGGGAGCAAGAUGGUUUCUGAAAUCUACUUGACCAGGCUACUCGCCACCAAAGGAACGCUACAAAAAUUUGUCGACGACCUGUUUGAGACAUUGUUCAGUACGGUUCACCGAGGUAGCACGUUGCCGCUGGCCAUCAAGUACAUGUUCGACUUCCUGGACGAGCAGGCUGACAAGCACGGCAUAUAUGACACGGAUGUACGCCACACGUGGAAGAGCAACUGCCUUCCGCUGCGUUUCUGGGUGAACGUGAUCAAGAACCCGCAGUUUGUGUUUGACAUCCAUAAGAGCAGCAUCACGGACGCCUGCCUGUCCGUGGUCGCUCAGACAUUUAUGGAUUCUUGCUCCACUUCUGAGCACCGCCUGGGCAAAGACUCCCCUUCCAAUAAGCUGCUCUACGCAAAAGAUAUCCCCAAUUACAAGUGCUGGGUAGAGAGGUACUACGCCGACAUCAACCGGCUGCCAGCCAUCAGCGACCAAGACAUGAACGCCUACUUGGCGGAACAGGCCAGGCUGCACUCCAGCGAGUUCAACAUGCUGAGCGCCUUGAAUGAGAUCUACUCUUAUAUCAGCAAGUACAGCGAGGAGAUCACGGCAGCAUUGGAACAGGACGACCACGCCAGGAAGCAGAGGUUGGCCUACAAGGUAGAGCAGCUCAUCGCCGCCAUGUCCCUCGAGAGCUGAGGGUAGACUGAGGACCGAUGUCGUCUCGACCACUCGUGCAAUACGGACGUACGCUUGCUUUAGUUUGUGUCCCGGACUCCGUCCUUCAUGGCACAUGGCCCUUGAACUCUGAGGAUCUAGCCUGGAAAGGGAUGUCAGCAAAGAAGGCCACAACAGGACUUAUUUAUUUAUUGGUGUCGUCUCCCGGGACAUUGUCCCAAUGGAACUUGUGUGCGUGUGUGUGUGUUUGUUUGUUUAAGUGUGCGGUUGAGUGUGCAGGAGAAAAGUGGUCGAGAGCUCAUGCUGAACUGCUGCAUUCAGAUUUUAUUUUUAUACUCGGACUUUUAAAUAUGAUCAGUUACCAUUCGAAUCACCACCGAGGCUCCCCUAAAUUUCGGAGUUGGUCUCACACUCUUCUCCGGAUGCAAGAGACGUGACUAAGAAGGUGUACAGGACCAAGAGCAAAGGGAGGAAGGGUACAGGCGGCAUCCAUCUGUAAAUGUAGCAGUGUGAUAGGGCCAAUGUGGAUGAAUGUAGAGAUUUUUUUUUUUCUGGAGGUUGAUGGAUGUUUUAUUUUCGGAGCUCUUAAUCUUUCCAGCCAACAGCUUCCCAAACCUUCAGUUGUUCCUUAAGCAUCACUGCUCAUACCGAGCCAAAAUCCUCCAUUUUGCAUCCUAUUUUCAUAUCGUGCUCUGUUUCCAUGCAGUCCCACAUCACAUAUGUCAGCUGCUCAAGCAAUCGAUCCAAGUGCCAACACAUUGAGCUGGCCGCCGCCAUCUUUGCACUGGCAGCAAGUAGCCAAGAUGUGUGGGUCUUAGUUGACCAAGUGCCAAAUGACUUGCUCAAAAAUCGGUUAAUGCUUUACAAGUGGAACUUCAAGCCCGAUGAGGUUUGAUAGAGGAGUAAUGUGGCAUGCUAAAGGUACGAAACAAGACAUCAAACAAAGUAGAUCAUCAUGAAAUCGGAGCAUCAGACUCAUUCUGUUGAAUUAUUCCGGAUAGUCACAUGACAACAGUGAGUUUCCAUUCUGCUAAAACGAUUCUGCCAUAUUUACACCAUAUGUUGUCCAAAAUUCCUUCCCAAGCCUCAUAUUAAUUAUGUUAAAACAUCUCUGAUGCGCUAAUGUUGCCACUUAAACGAAUAGAAAGGUUUAUAUUUUUGUUUAAAAUAACUUGCUGUGACCUCAAGAUCACUCGCCUUACACUGCAUGGCCAACAGCAGAAUCCCGGGUCUUCCUUUGGCCCAAUUCUGAAUCUGAAUAUCCACCAAUGUCGUACCAGCUGCUAGCUAGUGCUAAGAUAACCUAGGUAUUUUUUAAUUUCAUCUCCCCUGCAAGGUCAGCAGGAGAGGUCAACAGCGAGUAAACAGUGAUACACUGCCUAGCUGGGCUUUAUUGACUUACUUCUUAGCAGCUGGAUUUAGUGCUCAUUUGAACGCAGCAGGCUUUCACACACCAAGUGCACUGCCCACUGUUAGUAACCUCGUCACAAGUUCCGCCAUUUCCUAUGGUCUGGAGUGGGGGCAUGAAGGUAACGAGAGGGUUGGAAGGCGGAGAGCUAUUCUGGUUCAGUGUUAGUUUUAAAUGGAAAAUUGGCUUCUUUAUUCGAGUCACCACCGAUUUGUGCACAGACCUUUAUCCGAGUCACUUUGACAAAGAUGAGUCGUCUGUGCAACUGGUUACAUGAACAGCCCAUUAUCUUGGAGUGUCGGAAGAACAGAUCUUCAGUUGGAUCUUGACUGCAUUUGACUGGCAAUUCGUGCCUUGUACUGACAAUUUGAUCCAUGUUCUGGACCCCACUGAAUAGGAUUGGCUCAUGGCUUAACAGGCUUGGUACAUCUAAGUCAACUAAUGUCCAUUUCCUUGCCAUCAAGCCAUUCUAUAGGAACCGGACAUAGGCCAGAUAUUUAUGAAGCUGUCACAUGCACCACACAAACUGCUCUAUCUCAACUUAAUUGAGAGUUAAUUCAGUGGGAAUCCAUCCAAUCGUGGCCAAUAUUUAAAUAGGAAAAAGAACAUUGGAAAAAAAUCCCCUGGAAAAAGUUCAAUUCAUAAAGGUUUCACCUUGCAAAUUAAAUGGCUAAAUUAAUUUGCCAACCUUUAUUGAGCCAAGGCACAUAUUUUACAAAAGUAAAAUGAACAUUUAUGGCACACGUCCCACACGGAAAUAACGAUGAUCUUGUCUCAAUUUACUCACAGAUUUAGUUCCUUAGUGUGAAAUCUGGGCAUGUCUAGUUAAUCACAAAUCUAUUAUUCUAUUUUAUGAAUGGCUACUCCUGCUAUCUCAUGAAAGCGCACUUAAUUGUUCUGCUUGUCACUGUUCAUUGGUUGCAUAGAUAUAGAUGAACAUGGAUACAAUUAAUAGAAGUUCGCAUUAUUUAUAAUAAUAAAGAAUAAUUAUGUGACCAAUUAAUUAGAUAAUUUCCCAUGGCGCAUCGGAUCAUCUCUCACAGCAGCCUUAUGUUCCACAGUUGUUUGCAAUCACUGAUUUAAAGCAUUUAAUUUUAGAUUCAAGGAGAAAAAAAACAUUUAAAGCUUGACAACAGUAGUCUGGUGUUAUGGCGGCAUGCGUUUCCUCAUGACACGUCAUCACAUUGCGGGUGAAAGGUGGCCUUAGAUAUCCUCCCGCUCCAUUUUUUUUCCAUAUCAUAAAUCCUCUACAAAGCAAAGGUGAAGAAGAGUAUGGGCCAGCUCUGGCAGACGUUGCCCAGCUCGUUGUUUGAAGGGAGGCAUCAGGGAAUGAUGAUGGGGAAGGAGGGGAUGGAUGGGCAGGAGAAGAACCCCCCCACCCCCACCCUCUUCAAAUUCUCGCUCCUGCUUUGAAGCCGUUCUUUGAUCAGACUUGCUGGUGCUGUGCCGGAAAUGGAGAGCCAACAGGUGAAAGGAAUUUUGGGCGAGGUGAUGACUAUGGGGCUGUGGCCUUGUCCCGCCACUCGGGGCGCACAAGGGAACGUGGCAAGAUUGCUUCUCUGCUGCGUCAGUUCAAAUACUCCUUUCUUUACUUCCAUUGCAAAUAUAUUCAGCAAACUGAGGUUCACAAAAUAAUUACAAACGGUGACGUGAGAAUAAUGUUGCCGGCAUACUACCAGCUAUCCAUCAUAGCUGAUUAGGUUUCAUAUAUAUUUUUGUAUUUAUUUGGAUGUAUUUAUUUGUAAAAAUAAAAGGAACCUUGUACAUGAAUAAAUAGUCACCCUAAUGUAAAUACUCUAUCCUCUUGGCUUGACGGUAUUAAAUGUUCCCAAUUAUUAGAUGUCAAUUUCUGACUAAAUGUCAAAAACCUGCAUGCUAACAUUUUUGUUUUGUUUUUUCGUCACACUUUUUCUUGCAAGUCUUUUUAAUGUCUUUUCGCUACAUUCUCUGCUGUACUAUGAAGAAAAGCCUACGCUAACUCUUAUAUUGCAGUAAAACUGUAGCACUACCAUCACUAAUAUUGCAAAAAGUGUACCGGAUCAAAUGCGCUUAAUCUAUCAACAAUACUGCAUAUAUUUGCAUAAAUGAGUGUCUUAAAAGGGAAGCCAAGCCAAAAGGCAGUUUUAUUCCAUUUAAAUUAUCCAAAGGUUACCCAGCCUGCCAGUCGCCUACAAUGCUGAGUAGAACUUCUGUUACCAUGGCAACCAGCGGCUUUGCAACUAGCUUUGCACCUAGCUAAGUCAGGAGGCGCUUAUUAUGGAAAUAGACCAUUGUUGUAUAACAGCAGGGCAGAAAUGAAAAACAUUAGCUCAUUGAAACAGUUUCAUAAAUUGGAAAUUUACUCGGUUGGUUGAAUGGUGGGCAGGCCCUACACAGACCAAACUGUAUAUAGGAGCAGUAAAAAUAUCAUUUAUCCAUAAGAAAAACAGUAUCGCUCAGUAAAGUUAUCCAUUUCCAAAGAUUUUUCUAUUUUGUUUUUUAAAUGCACCACUUUCAUACUGCUAAUUGCAUGACCUUUGAAAUUGGCUUCUACAUGCAGAAAUGUGCCCAUUCAUAGCACGUACCCACAAUACUUUUGUUUGAUCAAAGUCUUCUCAAACUCAGCAUAGACGAUUCAUAUCCUCCUCAUACCUACUUGUACGGUGUAAUGCUUUUUAUCAUUUGAAACCUAAUUGCCUUCUCAUGUUCCAAGGGAUGAAAUGUUGGUCUGAAUGCGAGGCCUCAUCCUCCUGAGAUAGUUGGCUGCAAGUGUUUUAAUUAUACGUUUAGUUUGGAUCGCUGCCCCAUCUGCGCCUCCUGAAAACACACAAAAUAAAAAAAUAAAAAAUCCAGUUAAAUGCACUUCUUUGCUCAGAAUGAUAGCUUGUUUCCUCGUUCAAAUUCGAUCCACGCUACACUGAAAAGCUGAGAAAAGCUUGUUUGUUUUAUUCUUCCCUUUUGGGUGCUCACGUGAGAUCUGGAUUGUCGCUUCACAACUCCACCUGGAGCUGUUUGCUAACAGAAAAAUACAUGCUUUGCACUUUCUUUUGUUCUUUUCUGGAUUUGUAGAAGGGCUGAUGUUAUGCUUUUGGCUAGCUCCUGUCAUUCCGUCCACCUAAAAACACAUUUCCUCUGCAGUUUAUGGAGAGAGGGAUUAACGUAGUACUCCCAAGUAAAGAAGAAUUACCCUUUCAUUUGACACAUCUUGUACAGAAAAAAAACAUAUUUGUAGACACUGGAGUUCUGUACAAUACUAAUUACUGGCAAUGAUAAUAAUGGCUGUCGGUCCUUGUUAUUUUAUAAAGUUCUUGUGAAAAUUGUAAGAAAAUUAAGGUAUUUAAAAACAGUUGUUCUCUUGUUUUGUUUAACGUGCUUUGUUUGGUUUUAUUCUAAUAUAUUAUUGUGUACCUAUUGUAAAUAUGAAGCACACCUAUUUUGCAAGCCAAGGAUUCACUUUAUACCAUUGUUAUAUAUGAAUAAACUUUGCUGGUUAAAAAGUG